AUGAUGCAAAAUCCACUGACACCAGGACUCCUGUUGUUCUCCCAGGCUGUUUUGCUCCUUGCUGCAGCCCAGCAGAACUACUCGUACAAUGAUCUCCAGAUCGAAGCCAUCCAAGCUCACUUCCAGCAGGCGGGGAUUAUCCCGCCCCUGCUUCCCAGCCUCAACCCCCUUGCCUGGAUCAAUGUCUCUUUUCCUGGAGUUGGGUCUGUCAGCCCGGGACAGGUCCUGAGUCUCGACCAGGUUCGGCAACUCCCUAGUAUUGCGGUGACCUUCGCCAACGAGAGCGCGCUCGCCGCCUUCAACAACACCAACACGACCGUGAUACUCGAAGACGUCGGUUGGCCGGGAUUCAACUUCAGCCUCGGGCAGACGCGGACGUGGCUCGUCUACAACGCGGUUCUAACCCCAGGCGCUGACGGAUGCUCGCAGUGCAAUUCGUCAGACCCCGCCAUCCUGAACACAGCGGGCGGCACGACCGUGACGGACUACGAUCCGAUAGCGGUCUUUGGCAAUGGAUCUCACCGUUACGCGCUGCUGCUGUUCCGACAAAACGAGAAUUUCAAACCUCUGAUCACCCAUAUCUCCAAUCCUGUGGACUUUACCCUCGCGAGCUUCCUCAAUGAUACACACCUCACGCCGAGCGAUCUCUACGCUGCAUUCAACUUCGAUCUGCAAAACGGCACCGCAACGGCCUCUGCCGCCCCCACGUCCUCCGUGAUCACGUCCACUCUUCCCGCACACGCUGCGAGCACCCUCUCCCCGACGUACUCGACGUGGCUAUCGAGUCCUAGCUCCGGGUCGUUUGGGUCUGCUCAGCCGACGCAGAGUGGUGGUGGCAGUGGGGGUAGCAGUGGCAGCGGGACAGGCGGCGCAGUCGGGGUGCUUGAGAUAAGCAGGGUGUUGAUGGGACUACCGGCCGGAGUGGUUGACCUCGCGCUGUACUGCACGAUGCUACACCCUUUCGCUGUCGUUCUCAUUAUCACUAUUCAGCUCUGGCUGGCGUCAGCCCAAGACAAUUAUACCUAUGCUGACCUCCAGAUUGAGGCGAUCCAGGCGCACCUCAAGCAGGCGGGUAUAAUACCCCCGCUGCUCUCGACUAUAGAUCCUAUCGCCUACCUCAACGUGUCGUUCCCCGAUGUUGGGCAAAUCAGUCCAGGACAGCAAUUAACUCUUGACCUCCUUACCUAUCUCAUUGCAUCCGCAGAAGUCGCGCAAGUGCCUAGUAUCAAUAUCUCCUUCCGCAACGCCAGCGCGUUGUCCUGGGCGACUGAGGCAAAGGCCAUGGUCAUCAUGGACAAUGUCGGCUUCUCUGGGUUCAACUUCACCCAGUUCGACGGGGAAGUGCUGUCGUGGAACGUCUAUGAUGCCGUGGUAGCUGGCGCUGACGGUGAUUUCAUCUUCCUAAUCUCGGCGUUAAGACAACUUGAAGGGAAGACUGAUGGCAUAAAACUUCUAGGCUGCUCUCCUAAUUGUUCGAGCCAAGAUCCAUGGCAGCUCUCCUUUGCCAAUGCUAUGACCGCUGUGCCUUGGAAGCCGUUCCAGUACCGAUCUGUAGUGCUAUUGUUGAAGCAGAGUCCCGACUUCCAGUAUCAUACACCUCCGGAAAGCAGUGCAUAUGCGUUCAACCUUGCAAGUUUCCUUGACUCAAACCCCGUUGAUGUGCCUUAUGUUACCAGUCCACAUUUCAGGGGCCAGAAAGUAUAUAUGCGACAGGCGUUCUAUUUCGACGUCGUGAACGGCACGUCUAACGUUUCUUCGUCGCCGGCACCUACCUCGCCGGUCAUCACGUCCACGCUACCUGCACACGCUGCUUCCACACUGUAUCCCACAAUACCAACAUAUAGUUACAGUGGCACCUCUGCGUCUGCUAGUAACGGCCCUACAGCUUCCUCCCGGAGCCACCUCCUGCCAAUGACCGGAUUAGGAAAGCCCCUUGCCUUUUUCGGUGAUCCUCUGAAGAUACCCGCACGUGAUGCAUAG